AUGCACGAUCCUUCUCGCUUUCUGCUCAUCUUUGGCUCCGUUACGGGCAAGGCCGAAUCCAUUGCUGAACUCAUUGCUGAAGAGGCUGCAAAGCGGGGAUUCGCCCCCGAUUUGCAAUGUAUGGAUGGAGUGGGUAAAGCUUACGAUUUGUCGAAGGAAAAAGUAGUGCUAAUCGUGAGCUCGACCACCGGAGACGGCGAUCAACCCGAGAAUGCUGAGCGGCUUUGGAGAAAGAUCAAGAAGCGAUCCGUGCCUUCGGAUUAUUUGGCUCACCUCCGAUUUACCAUCCUGGGCUUGGGAGACUCGAAUUACACCCAAUUCUGCAACGGCCCGAAAACCAUACAUUCUCGAUUCCUCGAUUUGGGAGCCAAAACCUUUUACGAACCAGAUUGGGCAGAUGAUGGUGUAGGUUUGGAGCUAGUGGUUGAACCUUGGAUCGAAAAUCUUUGGUCCGCCCUGGAAAAGGUCCUGGACAUCAAAGCCAAGCAAAUCGAAUCGAGUGUCAAAGGUCUGAUCCCUAAGUCGGAGAAAUCGAUUGCCACAACAACGCUAGACCAAUCUAGCGCACCUGUGAAGACCAAAAGCAUGGCGUUGACCUUGUCGCAAUUAAGCGACAAGUUGGAGGGCAUUUCUCUCUCCAACGAAUCGAGCAUUGCUUCCAUUCUGGUCGAUCAGAACCAAGAGCCCGAUGCCAAAUUCUCCGAGCCGUCGCUGCCGGGUCAUUAUUUACACGUGGACUUUCUCGAACAGGCGCCCGAAUCUGAUGGGACAGAACUUGGCCCGAGUUUCCCGCAAUCCAACACUCGGGUAGAAGAGGUGCCCAUUGCCGAUAUUGUGAAGUUGACCGCGGAUCCGCGCGUGAAACGAGCUUAUUUGGUCACUUUAGAUCUGUCUGGCACGGAUAUUGUGGUGGAACCCGGUGACUCGAUCGGUGUAGUUUGUCCGAAUCCCUAG